AAGAAUUUCUCCACUUGUCUGUGGAGAUGCUUGUUAACAAUUUUCGGGCCCCACCCUACACAUAGACGCACAGGAUCUCGCGUGACUCGGAGGUCUGCACUUCAGCAAAUCUUUUCUCCUGGUUGGUCGGUGGUCCGGGAAGUUGGUCCCGAGUUCGCUGUUGACGCCUAACGCACGCUGAGACUUCCGGCGUGGGAGCCGAGUACCGAGUCCUGCGUGAGUCAGAGGCGAGGGGAAGAGCGUGGCGCACAGGUUCUGCCCCGGGGCGGUCCUGGCAGGGGCGGGCCAGGGGGCGGUGAGGCGGCGCCUGUGAGCAAGCGAGGCGGAGGCGCGGGAGCCGGCUGCGCCCGGGCUAAAGCCGGGCUCCUCGGCCGGGAUUUGGGGCCUCGGGGCUCCCGGCUCUUGUGGACGCCGGCCCUCCUUGCACGGGGCCCGGGGCGCCUUCCUUGGAGGGCGCAGCUGGUUUUGGGGCCUGAAGAUGGCGUCGGGUCCGGGCUUCCAGGACCGGGAAGGGCUCCUGAUAGUGAAACUGGAGGAGGACUGCGUCUGGGGCCAGGAGCUGCCCCCGCCAGACCCAGGGCCCAGCCCGGAGGCCUCCCACCUACGCUUCAGACGGUUCCGCUUCCAAGAGGCCGCUGGGCCCCGGGAAGCCCUCAGCCGGCUCCAGGAGCUUUGCCAUGGGUGGCUGCGGCCUGAGAUGCGUACCAAGGAGCAGAUCCUGGAGCUGUUGGUGCUGGAGCAGUUCCUGAUCAUCCUGCCCCAGGAGAUCCAGAGCAGGGUGCAGGAGCUGCAUCCGGAGAGCGGCGAGGAAGCAGUGACUCUGGUGGAGGAUAUGCAGAAAGAGCUUGGGAGACUGAGGCAACAGGUGACAAACCAUGGGCGGGGAACAGAAGUGCUUUUGGAGGAGCCUUUGCCUCUGGAAACAGCACGAGAGUCACCGAGCUUCAAGCUGGAGCCAAUGGAGACUGAGCGAAGCCCUGGCCGCAGGCUGCAGGAGCUGCUAGGCCCCAGCCCCCAAAGGGACCCCCAGACUGUAAAGGAGAGGGCAUUAUCUACUCCCUGGCUUUCUCUCUUUCCUCCCGAAGGAAACAUGGAAGACAAGGAGCUGACUGGGUCCCAGUUGCCUGAGAGCUUAGAGGACGUGGCUAUGUACAUCUCCCAGGAGGAGUGGGGGCAUCAACAUCCUAGUAAGAGGGCCCUCUCCCGGGACACGGUGCAGGAGAGUUAUGAGAAUGUGGACUCACUGGAGUCUCAGGUUCCCAGUCAGGAGGCCCUGAGCACCCAGGUGGGACAAGAAGGAAAGCCCUGGGAUCCCAGUGUCCAGACUUGCAAGGAGGACCUGAGCCCCAGGAGCCCAGCUCCAGGGGAAGAGAAAUUUGAGAACCUGGAAGAAAGUGCUCAGUCUGUUUCCCCUGGGGGCAUCCACCCUCAGUCACUGCUGCCUGGCCAGGCCAGGGGGGAGGUGCCCUGGAGUCCUGAGCAGGGAAGGCCUCAGGACAGGGCAGAAGAGCAUUGGGAGCCUCCCCCAGAGGAUCGGAUGGAGCAGUCCUUAGUGGGGGCCGCAAGUUGCAGAGAACUGGGGCGACCAAAGGUACUGCAGCCAAAGAAACUCCAUUUAUGUCCCUUGUGUGGCAAAAAUUUCUCUAACAACUCGAACCUGAUUAGGCACCAGAGAAUACAUGCAGCAGAAAGACUGUGUAUGGGUGUGGAGUGCGCUGAAAUCUUUGGUGGGAAUCCACACUUUUUAUCAUUACACAGAGCACACUUGGGAGAGGAGGCCCAUAAGUGCCUCGAAUGUGGAAAAAGCUUCAGUCAGAAUACCCAUCUGACUCGCCAUCAGCGUACCCACACAGGCGAGAAGCCCUACCAAUGUAAUGUGUGUGGGAAGAGCUUCUCAUGCAACUCCAACCUCCACAGGCACCAGAGAACGCACACAGGUGAAAAGCCCUACAAGUGCCCUGAGUGCGGGGAGAUCUUCGCUCACAGUUCCAACCUCCUUAGGCACCAGAGAAUUCACACAGGAGAGAGACCUUAUAAGUGUGCUGAGUGUGGGAAAAGUUUCUCUCGCAGUUCUCACCUUGUCAUUCACGAAAGAACUCAUGAGAAAGAGAGGCUGUACCCCUUCUCUGAGUGUGGGGAAGCAGUGAGUGACAGUACCCUCUUUCUUACAAAUGAUGGGACCCACAAGGUAGAGAAGAAACUCUUUCAGUGUUUGACUUGUGGGAAAAGCUUCCGGCAGGGCAUGCACCUCACCAGACACCAGAGGACACACACAGGAGAGAAACCAUAUAAAUGUACCCUCUGCGGGGAAAACUUCUCUCAUAGAUCCAACUUAAUCAGGCACCAGAGAAUUCACACGGGAGAGAAACCUUAUACCUGUCAUGAAUGUGGAGACAGUUUCUCUCACAGCUCCAAUCGGAUUCGUCAUCUGAGAACCCAUACAGGAGAGAGACCCUACAAAUGUUCUGAAUGUGGAGAAAGCUUUUCUCGGAGUUCACGCCUUAUGAGUCAUCAGAGAACUCACACUGGAUAGGAACAAUGGGAUUUCUCUUGGGCCCAGAUGAGGUGGCAUAUUCAGGGGGGCCUGUUGUUGAGACCUGGUGUUCCUUACCCAGCAUGAUCUGCAUCGUUAAGGUAAUUGCUCUAAAGGGGAACCAGGAGAGGGUCUUUGUGAGAGAGGUGUGGGGGCAGCAAAGGAUUAGCAUAAAACUGAAAAGAAAUUCUGUUGGAACUAGUGAGGAGGCAGGUCUUUGAGGUGACCUGCUCAGGGUGGAAUCCCCUCUGAAGUUCUUCCGGUCCCAGGGAGGAACUACCCUUUUAGCAUAUUUAGCCAACUUGUGACUUGGAUCCCUCGCUGUGUCCAGUGUCUGUCCCAACAGCAUUGGGUAUCCACGGACUUUGUUCCUGUUUCCUCACUUGGGACAUUCAGCAGGAGCUUUUCAGCUCCUGAGGCCCUUGAGACCAAAGAAGAGGGGCCAGGUGUCCUGGGAAGCCCUCUGGAGGCACUGAAAGAAGGGUGGUGAGUUGUAGGUCUCCCGAAGUCCUGGCUGGGAAGCCACAACUACCACAGCACCCUCAAUGGCCUGACAGUAGGGCUCAUUGGAGGGUUUUGCAUGUUAUUUGUCACCUCAGACAAAAAGGAACCAGAGACCUAAGGGAAACAGUAAGAUGGAAUUCGCAGGUCAGCCCAGGAAUUGGCAGAGGAAACUGGAGUCUGAAUUUGUUUUGCAGAGAUUGAGUCUUUAGAAGGUUCUGUGAAAAAUGGGUUCCCUGGGAGACUUUGAAAACGUGGAUCCUGGGGAAGUUAGGAAUCAUGCCUUUCCCUGUUGAAAAUACAUUUGGAUGGUAAUAAAUAUCUUCAGGAAACAUGAAUGUGUGUGACUCAUCAUUGAGGGCCUUUGACUUGGCCUCCAGUGUUGAUCUGUCUUCUGUCUGCUUUUGUUAGAGGACCUGCUUUCCCUUUGUGGUCUUACUUGGUUGCUAAGGAAGGUUCUAACAAAGGUGGCAACAGACUGGCUGAGGUAGGGAGAGUGUGACCCUCGCCAGCUCCAGGCUGAGACUGCUAUGUGGUAACAAAGGGUGAAGCCCAGUGGCUGCUUGGGGUGAUGUCAUAAUGGUGUGCUAAAGGUUGGCCUUUUUUUUCCCUUCUGUGGUGUACAAAGUGAACAUGUCUUUUGAUUGUUUGUUUAGAAUGUUUACUUUCUUGCAAAGUAGAUAAAGGAAGAUCUGGCUCUUCAAAGACAAGUUAUUUUGGUCUAGCAAAUGGUUCCCAGGAAAAGAUGGUCCUGAUAGAACUGAUUGCCCAUUAGUGGAGGGAGAUAUAGGAGAGGGCAAAAUUAUUACGAGAAAGCCUUACAUUUUAGAAUGGGGAAUCAGGAGUAGGAAUUCUAGGGACUUCCCUACUGAUCCAAUGGGUAAGACUCCUCGCUCCCAAUGCAGGGGGCCCAGGUUUGAUCCCUCUUUGGGGAAGUACAUCCUGCAUGCUGCAACUAAAAGCUGGAGCAGCCAAAUAAAUAUUAAAAAAAAAAAAGAAUAGGAAUUCUAGGAGUGUGUUUCUGUGGGAAAGAGAAUACCAGGAUUCCAGGAGUAGGAGAUGCUGAUGCCAGGAAAACAUCUCAGGAUUUGGCCCUGGAGGAACAUAUCUAACUAGCUAUUCUUCAGGAGAAAAAGAUGAAACAUUCCAUUGGCAACAGGUUACUAAAUAUAGCACUCUAAAGUGAGGGAAGUAACCCUGCAUGCUCCCCAUCCUUGCUUAUAUCUGUUUCUCAUUGCUAUCCCUUUCUCUUAUCCACAGGAGGGCAGUGGUGGUGCAGGGC